AUGCUCAAGAACUUCCACGAGCUGUAUCCCGAAAGCAUGGCCCACCUGAACCGAUUACGCUUCAUCGAACAAUACGACCCGACAGAUAUUGGCGUGGGUUCCGGCAGUCAGCCUUUCGCCUACGUGGCAGAUAUUGUGCAAGAGGUGAAGUUGGGCGUUUGCGUGGACGAGGUGACGACCAAGGGGAUUAAGAAUGAGCAGUGGAGUGCUAUACUUGAGUUGAGGGAUAAGCUGGCGCCGGAGGAGAAGGUGGGCUGGUUUGUCGUGGUUUGUGGGGAUGAGGAGAGGUGGGCGCCGCCGACGAUCGCGCAGUUGGAGGCUGGGGCGAGGAACGGGUCGUUGAAUAGGUCGGAUGAGGGAUAUAGUGAUUCUGAUGUAGGUCGUACCAGUGGAAGGCAUGUGGAAGAUGUGCUGACACUGUACCAGGGCAAACCACAGUCGCCGCCAGAAGAGCCUGAGCCGAGAGGGCUGAGGAAGCUUUUUGGCUCGAGGUCGCGACGGAAGAGCGUGAAGAGCAUAAGCCGACCUCCGCUACCAAAUAUGCCACGAUCAACCUCGUCUGGAGAUCUGACCCUGCGAAAUACACAUUCGAAUCCUGGCAAGCCGCCACCGAUGCCGGGAGCUGCCGCAUGA